AUGACCGACCACCACAGCGACGCCAAGUCCGAAUCGCCCCACGAAUGGCCUCAAAAAGAUCCCAGGACGACAUUCUUCGAGAAGUGGUCACCUUUCCCUUGGCGAGUAACUAUGAUCUUGUUUGCACUCCCUCUUGCGCUCGCCUGCAUUGUCGGCCUCGCUGCGGCGGCGGAAACGGUUUCGCAGGGCUACAUCAUGGGACGAGACUGUUACCCGAACGGCCUUUGGAAAGAAGCCACCGGGGCAACAUGGCGCAUCAUGGAUUCUUCCUACUUCUUUACACCCAACCUGAGCUUCGGUGCUCUCACAUUUACGCAGGUAAAGGUGAUCGAUGUCGCAUGGGACCUGAUCAUUGGAAGAGGCGGACAACUCUUGUUGGCAUGGGUGAACUACCGCGUCUUCAACGAGUGGCUGGUAUAUCACAUGGAGAUGCAUCACACGUCCUACAAACUUUACGCCGCUGUAGCCUUCGAGACAACAACAAUGGCUACGCUCGGUGUUCUAGGGAAGGAAUUCCUGGCUUACGGAGCGUGCACCUGGAAGCGCUUGUUUCGUUGGCUAGCAAUCUUCUCGAUGCUGCUUUCUACCCUCUAUGUGAUCGCGUUCCCAACGCUGAUGGCGGCCAUGACUGGUUAUAUCACGACCUAUCAGCCCUAUAUCGAGGAUUUCGAUGGCAAUCUCAUGGAGUGGAGCAAAGCUAAGGACGUGGUAUACAUCAUCGAGGACGCGGAUAGGGUGGGUUUGGAAGCACCGCUUAUUGUCACAGCGGAUGAUCAGCCGCUUAUUGAUGCUGUUCACCAUCACACUAAAGUACCAUCUGUUGAGAUUAAAUUCCCCGGCGGUUUCAAUAUGACCAAUGGAAUUCGGAACCCCAAUAUCACGGCUGACUGGGUGUUCGACGGCAACGCGACAUCGACGUUUCGCAGCCUCCGCAUCGCAAGCUUCUCCACCGAUGAUUAUGGAUUAGACUCCGUCAAAAGUCUCAACAAAGAUCCCAGACUUCAAUACGCUUUUGAGAAACGGCCAGAUGCCAAUCACUCCUACACCGGGUAUUACCUGCUGGACCACGGAUCUUGCAAACCGAGCGAGACGUACCAAUGGGGUUUCUCGUACAUAUUCCUCUUCAUGGUAUCGAUAUUCAACUUCGUCUGGGUCUGUAUCAUGGUCGGUAUGUGGCUCGAUACACGACGCGGAUCUAUGAUGUAUAGAAAUGGAAGGAGACCGGGGCUUUUGCGCAGCAUUAUGGAUUACUCGGCUGCGAUUCGGGAGGAGUUGGGUGCGGAGGCGAAUUACCUAGAGGAGGAUGAGCUGAGGAAACGGUUGACGCAGAGUAGGGGCGCGCUCGUUGUGGAGAAGAGGGAGCUUAGGGUGACCAGGACGAGUACGGGGGAGAUGACCAAGAGAGGUUGGAAGCGCGGUUUGACUAGUGGGAGCACGUUUUGA